UAAAAGGUUUUGCUUCAACGGGAGAUAAGAACUUUGCAGGGAAUUAUGGAUUAUGGGACCAAUUGAGAGCUUUACAGUUUGUGCGGGACAAUAUAGAGAGAUUCGGAGGAGAUCCUCAAAGAAUAACAAUUUCUGGAUUUAGUGCUGGCGCAGCAAGUGUCAGUGCUUUAAGUAUUUCCCCUCUAUCAAAUAAUCUUUUUCAACAAACUAUCCAAAUGAGCGGCACAUUCUUUUCUGAAUGGUCAGUAUCUAAUCGGGUAGUUUUUGAAACUGAGAAAAUGGCUAAAUUUGUUGGUUGUGAUGAUACUUUGGAUGAUUCUAAAGAAUUAAAAAAAUGUUUGAGAGGUAAAACUGUUGAGGAAUUAAUGGAUGCUGUAGAGAGAAUGGGUUCAGCUAGAAUGGAGCCCAAUUCGCUUCUUUUCACCCCCCGAAUAGAUGCAGAUUUCUUCCCAAAUGAUGUUAAAACUUUGCUUCAAAAUGCACCGACAAAAAGAAACUUUAUAGGCGUUGCAGAUACAGAAGCACUUACAUUUAUACUACUGUUAGAUAAAAAAAAUUCUAUGGAUGGGGGAAUGUCUGUGAAACCUGAAGAAAUUGAAAAUUAUAAUAGAAAAAAAUUUGAAAAUUUUGUUAGAAAGCUAGUUGCCCCGAAGAAUGCGUUUGUUAAUGAAAAUGAAGGAAGUGAAGUACAACAAAAAAUAAUUGACUUUUAUUUAUCUGAUAAUGGUAAAAUUGAUGGAAAAAAUAAGAAAGAAGAGUCUUUGUAUUUUUUGAAGAAAUACUUAGAUUUAACUACAGAUCUUAUGUUUAUUGUACCUAUGUUACAAGAAGUCCAUUACAAAUUUGAAAAAGGGUGGCCUGUUUUUAUGUAUAUGAUUGAUUAUUAUAAUAAGAAAUAUUAUCCAAAAAAUAUCCCUAUUAAAGGAAGCUACCAUUGUGUAGAGCUUCCUCCUUUAUUUAAUAUUACUGAAUGUCCUUUUCAUAUCGAGGAAUUCUCUGAAGAGGAUUUGGAAUUUGAAAAAGUGCUACUCACUUCUGUCGUUAAUUUUGUUACUACUGGCAAUCCAAGCAUAUCAACACUUAAAUGGCACAAUUUAAACACCAAAAAUCCUUUACAAUUUGCCCGGUUAAACCCAACUAAUCCAAAAAUGGAAUCAGCAUUGUAUCCCGAAAAAUUAAAAUUUUGGCAAAAAUUAACAGAAAAUUAUUCUUUUGAUGUUAUUAGAGGAAUAAAUAAAGAAACCUUAAAAUCCAAAGAUGAAUUAUAG